AUGGCCUCGCGUUCGUCGGUCGAUUACGCCGACUUGGCCGACUCAGAGCCGUUACAAAUCGAUCCCACACCGACUAUCAAUGGUACUGAGGCCUCACCUGCCGUGACUCGUCCUACCAAAAAGACGCGUGUUGACAAAGCAGGACGAGCAGCAACAUCGUCGUCGUCGUCGCCGUCGUCGCCGUCGUCGCCGUCAUCGUCAUCGUUAAAAGCGACCGCGAGCACUCCGACGGCGCCAUCCCGAUCCGGCAAUCCUUCUUCGUUGCUGUCCAAAGCCGUUCAUGGCGCCAUGGCCCAAGCUCAAGCUUCGACGGCGACCUCCCCGCACAACACUCCGUCUCAUUCGACCCCUCAAACGUCCAAGUCGGCUCCAUUCAUGCCAGAGACCGCAACGACCUCGACGCCGGAUUCAGCCGCUCGCGCUCAGUUUGAGCAGCAGAUGGAUUUCAUCUCGUUCGACUUCGAAUCGGACGAAAUCGCACCCCCGACACCGUCCUACUCGGACCAUCGACGCGGGGCAAGGUCUGGAUCCGGUCGCAGAAGAGAAACUCCUCAGCGCUCGAACCGAUCCAGUCGGGCCACGACACCAACCGUCGCCGCGCACAAGAGGAAGCUUGAUGAGUACGAGCAGAAAAGGGAGGACGAUACCUCCAACUUGCGACGGCGAGAAAAGGGGAGAACGAUGCCGUGGUGCGAAACACCGGGCGUUGAUUGGGACAAGGCGACGAAUGCAAUUGAAAUGUGAGUGCUCGCUGCGAUCGAUGCGCGUGAGGGCAGGAUUGCAGAAUAGCUGACAUCCAGAAUUGCACAGGCUGAACCUGGAGGCCCAUGCUUUCAUCGAAUACAUCUCACCCAACCCGAUCGAACACGAGCUGCGGAUAUGGACGGUCGAACUCGUCCGGCGAACGAUCCAAUCCAUGUGGCCUGACGCCGAUGUCGAAUGCUUCGGCUCAGUCGGAACAGGCCUCUAUCUCCCCGGUGGAGAUAUCGAUCUCGUCGUGCUGUGUCCCACCAUGCCCGCCCCGCCUCUCAAGCCUUCGAGCGCAUUGCUGCAUCGCCUCGCCUCCCUGUUGCUUCAUUCGAGUCUGGCAGAACCGACUAGUCUCGUCGUCAUCGCCAAAGCGAGGGUCCCGAUCGUCAAGUUCGUGACCCGGUUUGGUGGAUUCUCGGUCGAUCUGAGCGUCAACCAGGAAAGUGGAGUCCAAGCCGCCGUUCGAGUCAGGCAGAUGCUUGAGGACUACUCGUUUCGUGAAGCUGGAUACAUUGAGCCGGGGGCAAACUCGACAAGCGGCUCCUCUUCAGCGCACGAAAAUGGCAAGAAGAAUGGCAGAGGAAAAGGCAAAGGAAAAGAACAAGCAUUGGAAGAGAAGAGCAAAGUCCAGGACCCCGAUGCCCCUUCCUUGGACCAAUCCAUCGCCCCCCACAUUGUCGAUCACGGCGUCGCGAGAAGCCUGGUCCUAUUGCUCAAGGCUUUUUUGAACCAGCGCGGGAUGAACGAGGUCUUUACCGGUGGCCUAGGCAGCUACUCCAUCAUCUGCUUGGUCAUCUCAUUCCUUCAAGUAAGAGUAGCUGGUGGCUCACGUCGUGGCUCCCAUUCCACACGCUAACGCUCCGACUUCCAAAACACCCCAGCUUCAUCCCAGAAUGCAAGUCUCGACCAUCGAACCCUCGCGCAACAUUGGCCUGCUUUUCGUCGAACUUCUCGACUACUACGGGCGACAGUUCAACUUUGACCUCACAGGGAUCACGCUCCGCCAUCGUGGAGGCUAUUUCAACAAGCACGACAAAGGAUGGUACCGCCCGAACCAGCCUUACCUGCUCUCGAUCGAGGAUCCCAAUGAUCCUUCGAAUGACGUCUCGGGGGGAAGUCACGGCAUUGUUCGGGUCCGGCAGACGCUCAGUGGCGGCUACGAAAGCUUGACGGCGACCAUCUACCAAAGGGUGUCGGUCUUCAAUGCACGACGAGACGCGACGGAGAAGGAGGGUCGCAAGACCGAGGCAUUGGAUGGUUCGGUUCUUCCCAAUGCGGUCGGGAAAGGCGAAGAUCCAUUGCGCACGUCGAUACUGGGCAGCAUCAUCGGCAUGACCAGCGCGGCGAUUGAAGCGAGGCGCGAUAAUCUCAGGCUGUACGAGCAAGGCGUCCUACAGGAUCUGUUGAAGAAGCUUCCGCCCGGCGGGGUCAAAAACCCGAUGGGGACGAAUCCUGGACAAGGUUUGACCAAAAAGCAGAUGAAGAAACUGAGAAAGGAAGUGCGGCUGCAGAACAAGAGGGAGAAGACGACGAUGAAGCUCGAGAGAAGGAGCGAAGAGCGCAAAGCCAAGAAGAUCAAGAAGAUGCACGAAAACAUUGGCGCAGGGGGUGGGGACUUCCUCUUCGAUGUCGUUGGAGAUAGGGGCUCCGCUGGCGACGUGGAGACGAUCGAUCUGCGCGGCGUCGGUGAUGAUGAUGAGGAGGAGUACGAAGAGUCGAGGUACGCGAUCACAUCUCCCAAAUUACAGCUAUCAUCCGCGGUGCCGGCGCCGACGAUGUACAUUGGAGGUUCAUCAGACGAGGAUGCCUCGGAGGUCGACGAGGGGAGCUCUGUGUCGAGUGACCACGACGAUCAAGAUGUCAUGCUCGGAGGCAGCGGAGGUGAUUUACUGGUCGGUGCUCCUGCGUCAAGAGCUUCCUUAUCGAAACGAUUGUCGCCACAGCCACCCGCUAGCAAGAACAGUGCUGCUGCGUCGAACAAAUCCGCGAAAGCGGCUUUCUGGGCUGCUAAAGGACUGCGAGAAGAGCGCCUAGACAGCCAGGAUUGA